UAAUGUUUGUACACAAUCCAAUGAUGAAAUCAAAUAGGUUGACGUGUUGAUCAAUCGGAAUAAAGUUGACGUGUACAUUUGCAAUGAAAUAAAGUGUUCAAUCUAUCGGUUUAUUUCAUACCAAGGUUAUUUUCCAGAUGAAACGUGCCAGCUGAAGAAGUAUAGAUAGACGGAUUGUUUGUUAUACAGGGGUACUUUCGGUGACUUAAAAGUUAACGGUCAACACAUCGAAGAUUCAAGAAUGACGAGAUUGGGUCACCUACGCGUCUUCAACUUUAUCACCCUCGUCCUUUUCCUCCUGUCCUGUUACUUCUGCGUCCAAGGAGACAGUGGUGACGACAAGCGUAGAACGGCAGUGGUUGCCGUGGCAAGUGAUGACUUCGAUGACAGAGAAAGGACAGGGGAUGAGGAGGAUGCAUCUGUUGAGGAAGAAUUUGAUCCGGAAGAUCUUGAGGUCUUCAUGCCGACAGAUACCUGGCAGACAAUAAAAGCAGGUCAAGCAAUACCGGCCGGACUGCAUGUUCAGAUGAACCUCCAAACUGGUGAGAAAAUGGCCAAAUUAAUGGAAGGAGACGAUGGUCGGAAAUACGUGAAGAAGACAGCCGCCGCUGAUGAGGACAGGAAAGCUGAAGAUGAAUCGGAUCAGUUCUCGCACCAAGAGUUGAAGAAAGCUCUCAAGAACUUCAAAGCCAAUCAGGAUGAUGUGAAAAGUCCGGAGGAGAUGGACAAAAUCAGAGAGAAAUUUCGUUCUGCGGAGGAGCUGAAGAAAGAUUUGGAUGAGAUGCAGCUGAACAUUGAGACGGAUACUCAGAUCAUGAAGAGACUUAUCGAUCAGUAUCAACGUGACGGCGCCAGCGUGGAUGAACGAACGGCAGCCCUGUAUGACUUGGAGUUUUACGUGCAUCAGAUUGAUAACGCUCGAGACUUGAUAAGCAUCGGAGGUUUUGACCUCAUCAUUAAAGCGUUGAAUGACAGCGAGGCCAUCAUUAGGAAGGAGGCAGCCUUCGUUUUAGGCUCUGCAGUUCAGAGCAACCCAAAGGUCCAAGUCGAGGCGAUCGAACGGGGAGCCAUCCAGAAGCUUCUCCAUAUGAUGUCCUCAUCUCAACCCGUCGAUGUCCGAAAGAAAGCCAUGUAUGGCAUCUCUUCUCUCAUCAGACACUUUCCCUUUGCUCAGCAGAAGUUUCUUCAUCUUGGUGGCCUGGAUAGCUUCUUGGGGUUGUUUAAAGAGUCGGAGACGAACAUCGUCCCACUGCAAGUGAAGGCUGUCACACUACUACAUGAUCUGAUUGUGGAACAGAAACUGAUUGCUGAAGAGUCGGUUGCCACAGAUGAAAACACAAAACAGCAAAUCAUACAAUAUCAACAAGUCAAACUUAUUCCCGAGUUGAUGAAGCAAGGAUGGUGUGAAAUUAUACCGUCACUCCUUCAAGUCCCGGAGCAUGAUGUCCGAGAGAAGGUCCUCCUAGCAAUGCAGCUUCUACUCAAUGAAUGCCAGAUGAAUUACCACAAAGAUAAACAGCUUAUCGGCAGACUGUCCAUCUUGAAGUCCGAGUAUGACCAGCAUGCCCAGGAGGAGCUCCUUGAGGGCCAAGGUGAGGAGGACUACUUCUCUCAUCUCUCUCGUCUGGUCAGGGACAUCAUCAGUCAGCUAACACUAUCACCAUGAGUGUGUGCAGUGUAUGACCCAGUGAAUGACACAGUGAAUGAUGCAGUGAACGACACGGUGAAUGACGCAGUGAAAGAUGGGACGAUGAAGUGAAUGGCGCAGUGAAGCCAGUGAAUUACCCACUGUCAGGGACAUCAUGAGUCAACUAACAUUGUCACCUUGAGGAAUGACGCAGUGAAUGAUGGGAUGAACGACCCAGUGAACGAUGGGAUGAACGACCCAGUGAACAUGGUGAAAAGACCCGUGAUUGAACCAGUGAAUGAUGGGAUGAAUGGCACAGUGAAAGACCAAGUGAUUACCCAGUGGAUUAUGCAGUGAAUUAUGCAGUGAUUGACCCAGUGAAUAUCGCAGUGAAUGACGGGACGAGCGACAGGAUGAUGAAGUGAAUGACGCACUGAAUGAUUCAGUGAGGGACCCAGUGAAUGACUCGUUGAAUGAUUCAGUGAAGAACUCGGUGAAUGACGCAGUGGAUGUCUGAUCAGCUAGGAGUUUGGAAAGUUGCCCUUUCAAGAGUUCAACAAACUAUCUAAUAGCAAAGAGCCAGAGUUAUUGUACAACAAUCAGGAAGAUAUUUUAGAACUGUACAUUCAACAUAAUAGAAAAAAGUAGACAGAAAAAAAAAAGUGCCCAUAAUCGGGCGAUUUUCAAACUUGUUCAUCAGAACAUAAAAAGAAUGGUUUAUCUUCUCUAUCGUAGAGCGCCACUACAUGUAUGUAGAAUGCCAAAAUAACAAACAUUUAGCCAAGUCAAUCACAAGCUUUGGCUCCCAAUUUGUGUAGGGAACAUUGCUGCUAACCAAGGGUGCCGGUUGAUAAAAUGCUUUGUUCGUGGAUUCUACUAUCAGAGAUUCUUCUCUAUCAGAGUAUGCAUGUACAGUGCUUAACAAUCAUCUGUGUAUGGGUAAAACACAUCUAAUAAUUCUUUAUCCACUAUGAGAUUUUAAAAUCUGUUAAAAAAUCCUUGCGGUGGUAAGA